AUGUCGGCCGAGCCACCCGGUUUCAUCCAUGUUGUCGACCCCAGCUACUUUGACCCCGACCCGAUGGAGCCAUUCCGCCUCCUCGACCUUCCAAGGGAGCUCCGCGAUGUGAUUUACGAGCACAUGGUCGUAUGCGGCACCGUCUACAUCAUCCCCGGCGACUGCUGGAAGCCUGAGCAAGAGAAACGGAACGGGCACCCGCGCGCCUGGCAACUCCAUACGAGGCAGGUACGCAGGACGACUUACCUGAGAAGCACCCACGCACCUGGCGGCUACUAUAGCUAUCACGACCCACACUACACAGACGUUGAGCGCGUCAAUGUCAGCGUUUUCCUGGUCAAUAGGCAGGUCUACCAAGAGGCAUCCGCCAUUUACUACAAGAAGAAUACCUUUUACUUCGGCAACGCAGGCCCCUGUGACGAGAUACUUUCUGUGCCUGCCUGCUACGCCUUCCUCGUGGAACGCACGCCACACACAUUGCGCAACCUCAAAGCCAUCACCCUCAUGAUCGACUCUCAGGGCGUCAACGCCCCCAUGGGCAGCUGGUUGGAUGGCGAAUACAUGUUCGACCUCAUCGAUUUCAUCAACAAGAACCUGGCUCUCGAAACCUUCGGCCUGGACCUUUGUGGCUGGCCGCCGGACGUCCGCCUCUCGACCUGGAACUGGAACGUGCCGCAUCCCCGCUCCUGGAUUCGCUACCAUCGCAUGAGCUGGGUAGGCGCACUCUUACAGCUGAACAGAGUCGAGAAGCUUUUCAUCGAUAUAGUCGCAUCUGAUGGCACUCCGGAACGUCUGGCCGCCUUCUUGUGCUUACUCCGCUACCACCUGCUGGAGAACGGUGAGCUCCUGGGCACUCGCAACAUCAAAUUUUACGCUCGUCACUUUGGCGAGUACUGCAGCCGCAAGAACAGCGCCAGCGGAGACGCCGAGAUCUACUACAAGCGGAAGAGGGAGGGCCGCAGGCUCCAGCUUUUGUCGCACGACGACGCGAAUGGCCGGUCCUUUGUUCAGCCCGCUACACGCGCGUCUCCGCUGUGUGAGGGCGCCGUUGCGAAGCGCGUCGCCGACGGUCUGGGGCUCGAUGAAGCGAGGGAGCAAGUGCAGGAGGAAGCAGAAAACAACAGGUACACGUCCAUCUACCGAUUCCCAGGCGAUGAAGACUCGGACAUCUCGGACUACGACGCGAGCGAUGACGGCGACAACGAUAGCUUGAACAGCUUGGAGCUGGAUGAAGAUGAUAUGGACUUCGUCAUGGAUGAAGAUUACAUCGAGACUUUCCGUGAUCUUGAUGAUCGGAGGCAGGAAGAAAACGAGAGGCGUUACCUGGCUGGUGCGCAGGCUUAUCCGGACACCGAGGGGUUGGAGUAG